AUAGGCGAUCCGUUAGCGCGCCGUGCUGAGGAGAUACUAAGACAGAGCGCACCUUAUCCAGGGGACGACUUGACAAGUGAAGAAACCUUUGCUAAGGACAGGUUCUUGAUCUAUCGGAUAUCAGCCGUCCGUCACAUCAUAAUGGACCAUGGAACUCACCUGAAGGAAGAGUUAGAGAUUCCUUCCUUCCUGCUGCGUAACCCAGCGUUCUUCGUGGGUGACUGGUAUGCAAAUCGCCUGGCUGAGGACUGCGAAGUACCUAAGUCCAUGAGGCGCUGUAUGCAACGCUGUAAGCCGAUGGGAGACCCUAUAGCUGAUCGUGUCGAGGAGAUAUUGAACUGGGAAACUCGGUUUCCGGGAGAACCAAUUGAAGAUCGGUUCAUCUGCCAUCGAACAGCCUAUGGCGAUGACAUCAUCUACGAGAUAUUGGAUCAAGAACUAAACUAUGUGCUGAGGGCGGAGGAUCAUUUCCUCUGUAAUGAGAAGUUGAAUGUAGCUCACUGGUACGCGAAGCACCUGUUAAAGGGCUACAAGCGACUGAACACGCUGAUGCUAAGCAAAGAGUUGGAGUGGGAGAAUCACCACUUCCGGUCGUUG